UUAAAUUAAUCGAUUACUCCUUUUAAAUAAAAACUAAAUAUAAUUUAUAAUUGGCAUUUAAAAGUUACUUCUUUUAUUUAUUUCCAUUGCUGGCAAAAUGGGACCCCAGUGUUUCACUUUCCUUUUUUUCUAAUUUACAACAAAUCAAGUGUAAAAUUUGAUUAAGAAACCAGUUAUAAGUAAAAAGUCUUAUCAAUUUUUAAAACAGUCAUGCCUCAAAAGCGCAUGCUCUUUAAUAAAAACCCCACCUCCAGCACCAGCAACAAUCUUCUUUAAACCAUUCAACUCAAUAAUUUUAAAUCAUUCGUCGAAGUACCUUAAAACCGUUACGUUUAUUUGUCGCAAAUAUGUCAGCAUUAGAAAAAGAUUUUGAAAUUUUCUUUAACUCUUUAAAAAAGCAAGAAUUUUCCGUAAAUGAAAUCCACAACAUUUGCAAACCUUUAAAAGAUUAUUAUCGUUUGGAAAAAUUGAAAAAAUACUCUAUAAUCUGUAUAUGUUUUGUAUUGCUGUACGCUAUGAUUAUUUCUUGUGAUGGCUUAAGUUGGUUUCUCAGUGCUGUGGGUAGACUUAUUCUCAUACAAUUUUUGCCCUAUUGGAAUUGGCCGGAAUUAUAUAAUGCUAAGUGUUUGAUUGAUAGACCGUUGGAGGUGAAGAAAACUGAUGUUAUGGGUUCCAGAUUGGGACGUUAUGAAACCGAAAAGGAAAAUUGUUUGCUAUGUGAGAUAAUUGAUUACAUACCCUCUUUAUCCAACACUUCUUUUGCAUUUCUUGAAUCCAGCUAUUUAGAAAGAUCAUAUCCGGUUAUCGUUACGGACUCCCACCAACCAAUGUCACCCACUGAUAUCUAUCAUUUAAUAUUUAAUAAAUCCUUUGACUUUUUAAAAAGUACUCCCUGUGAUGUUGCCACGAAUCUUAUGCUAAACAAAUUCUUUGAUAUCGAAAUUGCCUUAAGUAAGGCAUGGAAUUUGAAUUACUCCUCCGACAAAUGGUUUAUACAAUUAAGGAAUUGUCAAUUUAAAGCCGUCAAAUCAGCGAGAAAUUUCAUCAAAAGACCCUAUUAUUAUCCCGUACACUUGGAACCCUACUAUUCCAGUUGGCUUUUAAUGUCACAUAAUUAUCGAAAUAGCCAACAACAGCAGAUUUUUUUACAAGGCCUGAUAAUAGUGCAGCAGUUGUGGGGUGCUCUGGACUUGAGUUUGCGGUCUAAGGAACCCUGCUUAAAGUGUCCGGUAAUCAAUGUUCAUCUCAAAGAAGGUGAAAGUUUAAUAUUUUCUACAGAUUUGUGGUUUCUUAGUUAUAAAUUUGUUAAUGAUCCAACUGAAAGUAUUACAACUAUAAUGGAAAUCGAUUGGUAUAAUUAAAAAAAUGUAA